CUGCUCCCGGGGUAGUUGUGGAAUAGCUCCUCCGGCCGGGGUAGUUGAACAGCUUGCGCUUCGGGUCGUCGCUCCCUUCCCACCCCCGACGGGCAGCCCCCGGCAGCCCGGGAUGGAUGCACGGGGGAGGGAGGGACUGACUCCUUCCUAGGACCGUCUCUCCCGGCUCAUGCCGAGAGCGGUAGCCGAGCUUCAAAGUUAGCGCUGCUUCCCUCGCCCUUCCUCCCCUCUCCCCUCCCGCCCCCGCGGUGCUCCGCCACGCUGCCUCCCGCAUGCACCUCCCGCCGCUGGCUCCUCCGAGUCCCCCUCGGCGUUGCCUCCCGCAUGCACCUCCUGCCAGCCAUUCGCUGCCGCCCGAGCCGGAGCCGCUCUUCCUCCCCUGCAAACCUCCUCCCUCUCCCCCCACCCCUCCCCGUCUCUCCCGGCUCACUGGAGGCUUUGCACCAACCUCCUCGAGCCAAGCCGAAACCCAUGCGAGGACCCCCUCCCUCCCCUCCAGCCCCGCCCCGCAACUCCCUAAAUAAGAGGCGGGGGUGGGAGGAAAGGAAAGCAACGCACGGCGACCCGUGCCUCGGCGGGGGACCUCCGGCAGCCGCGAUGGACGCCGCCCGGCCGCGGCGAGGGAAAGUUGCCCCGCUCCCUGGGACGCGGGUUGGGGCGCAGAGGAGCGAGGGGCCCGGGAGGUCGCGGCAGUGAAGAGCCGCUCUCCUCUUCCUCCUCCUCCUCCUCCUCCUCCUCCUCCUCCUCUGCCGCUGGUCCACCGGGGCUACCUCGCCCUGUCGCCCUGUCGCCCUGUCGCCCUGUCGCCCUGUCGCCCUGUCGCCCUGUCGCCCUGUCGCCCCCGCCUCCCCAGCUCCUUCCCUCCUCCCUCCCGUCGCCCGGGAGGCCUUGAUGCUCUGCCCGCGCCCCCCCGGGCCCCGGGCCACCGGAGAGGACCGGCGGGGCAUCGGGGAAGGGCGGGGGCGGGUGGGGAGAGGGGAGGGCGAGUCCUCGGCCAAGUUGGCCAUGUCGGGGGCCAACUAAGUUCUGCCCUGGACGGGGCGAGGGGCGGGGGGCCGCGGAGGACGCAGCAUGAGCCGGAGCCCGGGGGGAGCCGGAGCCGCCUGCAGCCGGCCGGAGGGUCCCUGCGCCCACGCACUUAGUACAAUACACUACCCUCUAUAAGUUCCAAGAUACUGCUGGUGAUCCUUUCCACUUUCCAGUGUUAAGAAUGUUUACAAGACAUCACCCAUCUUCAAGAGUUACACUGGAUGACUUUGCACAUCAUUUUGACGGGAGAGGAAUCUGGUGAGAGAUCCCUUCGGACCACCCCUCCCUUCUUCCCGGGACAGGCUUGGAGAUGAAGCAGAAGGACUGACCGGUCCAACUUGAUCCUUCUACUGACGUCCCCUGGAGGGGCGGAAGCAGGGCCAAGUGAAAAUGUUGACGGGGUUCCAGGUGCUUACUCUAGCUUUGUUUUCCAAAGGAUUUUUACUUUCUCUAGGGGAACAUAACUUUGUGAGAAGGGAGAUAAAAAUAGAAGGAGACCUGGUCUUGGGUGGGUUGUUUCCCAUUAACGAAAAGGGAGCUGGAGCCGAGGAGUGCGGACGAAUCAAUGAAGACCGAGGCAUCCAGCGCCUGGAAGCCAUGUUGUUCGCCAUUGAUGAAAUCAACAGAGAUGAUUAUUUGCUGCCGGGAGUGAAGUUGGGGGUGCAUAUUCUGGACACGUGUUCGAGAGAUACCUAUGCAUUGGAGCAAUCUCUGGAAUUUGUCAGGGCCUCUUUGACAAAAGUGGACGAAGCUGAGUAUAUGUGCCCAGAUGGGUCUUAUGCCAUUCAAGAAAACAUUCCAUUACUGAUCGCCGGCGUCAUAGGUGGCUCAUACAGCAGUGUGUCAAUUCAGGUGGCGAACCUCCUGCGGCUCUUCCAGAUCCCCCAGAUCAGCUACGCGUCCACCAGCGCCAAGCUGAGUGACAAGUCCCGCUAUGACUACUUUGCCCGGACCGUGCCCCCAGACUUCUACCAGGCCAAAGCCAUGGCCGAGAUCCUGCGCUUCUUCAACUGGACCUAUGUGUCUACGGUAGCCUCCGAGGGGGACUAUGGUGAGACGGGGAUCGAGGCCUUCGAGCAGGAGGCCCGGCACCGCAACAUCUGCAUCGCCACCUCAGAGAAGGUGGGGCGCUCCAACAUCCGCAAGUCUUACGACAGCGUCAUCCGGGAGCUGCUGCAGAAGACCAACGCUCGGGUGGUGGUGCUUUUCAUGCGGAGCGACGACUCGCGGGAGCUGAUCGCCGCCGCCAGCCGCUUCAACGCCUCGUUCACGUGGAUCGCCAGCGAUGGCUGGGGCGCUCAGGAGAGCAUCGUCAAGGGCCAUGAGCACGUGGCCUAUGGGGCCAUCACCCUGGAGCUGGCCUCCCACCCCAUCCGGGAGUUCGACCGCUACUUCCAGAGCCUCAGCCCCUACAACAACCACCGCAACCCUUGGUUCAGGGACUUCUGGGAGCAGAAGUUCCAGUGCAGCCUGCAGAACAAGAGGCCCCACCGGCAGGCCUGCGAUAAGCACUUGGCCAUCGACAGCGCCAACUAUGAACAGGAAUCCAAGAUCAUGUUCGUGGUGAACGCAGUCUAUGCCAUGGCCCACGCUCUGCACAAGAUGCAGCGCACCCUGUGCCCCAACACCACCAAGCUUUGCGAUGCCAUGAAGCUCUUGGAUGGCAAGAAGCUAUACAAGGAUUAUCUACUGAAAAUCAACUUCACAGCCCCGUUCAACCCGACCAAAGGCACGGAUGACGUGGUGAAGUUUGACACCUUCGGGGAUGGGAUUGGACGCUACAACGUGUUCAAUUUCCAGUUUGUCGGCGGCAGGUACGCCUACCUGAAGGUGGGUCACUGGGCGGAAAGCCUGACCCUGGAUGUCGGCUCCAUCCACUGGUCCCGGAACUCUGUCCCCACGUCCCAGUGCAGCGAUCCCUGCGCCCCUAACGAGAUGAAGAACAUGCAGCCGGGGGACGUCUGCUGCUGGAUCUGCAUCCCCUGCGAGCCCUACGAGUACCUGGCCGACGAGUUCACCUGCAGGGACUGUGGACCCGGGCAGUGGCCCACGUCCGACCUCUCGGGCUGCUUUGACCUGCCGGAGGACUACAUCAGGUGGGAGGACGCCUGGGCCAUCGGCCCAGUCACCAUCGCCUGCCUGGGCUUCAUGUGCACCUGCGCCGUGGUGACCGUCUUCGUCAAGCACAACAACACGCCGCUGGUCAAGGCCUCGGGCCGGGAGCUGUGCUACAUCCUGCUGUUCGGCGUCUGCCUGUCCUACUGCAUGACCUUCUUUUUCAUUGCCAAGCCUUCCCCGGCCAUCUGCACCCUGCGCCGGCUGGGUCUCGGCAGCUCCUUCGCCGUCUGCUACGCUGCCCUUCUGACCAAGACCAACUGCAUCGCCCGCAUCUUCGACGGGGUGAAGAACGGUGCCCGGCGGCCCCGGUUCAUCAGCCCCGGCUCCCAGGUCUUCAUCUGCCUGAGCCUCAUCCUGGUGCAGCUCGCCGUGGUGUCUGUGUGGCUGGUCCUCGAGGCCCCCGGCACGCGCAGGUUCACUGUCCCUGAGAAGCGCGAGACCGUGAUACUCAAAUGUAAUGUCAAGGACUCCAGCAUGCUGAUGUCCUUGACGUACGAUGUGGUCCUGGUCAUCUUGUGCACCGUGUACGCCUUCAAGACGCGCAAGUGCCCCGAGAACUUCAACGAAGCCAAGUUUAUCGGCUUCACCAUGUACACCACCUGUAUCAUCUGGCUGGCUUUCCUCCCUAUAUUUUAUGUCACGUCUAGCGACUACAGGGUGCAGACCACGACCAUGUGCAUUUCUGUCAGCCUGAGUGGAUUCGUGGUACUGGGCUGCCUGUUUGCCCCAAAAGUCCAUAUCAUCCUGUUUCAGCCCCAGAAGAAUGUGGUCACACACAGACUUCACCUGAAUCGAUUCAGUGUCAGUGGGACUGGAACCUCUUACUCUCAGUCGUCAGCCGGCACCUUCGUGCCAACAGUCUGCAACGGGAGGGAAGUCCUGGACUCGACCACCUCAUCCCUGUGAUCGCGGCCUGAUGGUCUGAUGCUCGAGUCGACAGACUGUUAGACAAAGGCGCCCACGUGGCAUCGGUCCUAAACGAGCAAAGCGACACACACCACAACCUAGUACCUUUUUUUUAGAAACAGUACAAUCGAUUAUUUUUGAGGACUGUACAGUACCUAGUGAUGUGCUAGAACUUUUUAGGCUGAUUUUAUCACCCUUCCCUGCCCUAUUAUUAACAGAUCUCCAGGAUGUGUCAAUGACCAUCAUUUGCCAAGGCCAGAGUGAUGACUAGGGCCACAGGGGAUGGGUCUCCUGUAGAUGUGAUUGCAAUAUCAGAUAACUUUUUUUCCUAUGGAGUUUUUGUAGGUCCUUGUUGUAACUAAUUUAGGAUGCGUUUCUAUGUUGUAUAUUAAAGUUACAUUAUGUGUAACCGAUUGUUUUUUCUCAGCACAAAAACAUCAGUAUUAAUGUAAAGGUAGCCACAAUAAAACCUUAAAGGUUUUUCAGCAUG